AAUGCGCAUCUGUGUCAAUGCAGAUAGUUGGAUAAACCGAAUCUCUUUUUGAAAAGAAGGGAGGUGGAAAUACAAUAAGGAUUAUAUAAAAGGCUCACUACGCACGGCUCAUGCUGACAUACGAUCAUACUUUAUCCUUGUGUUCGGCAAUCUGAUGCAAUGACUCUCAAAAGUGUUCUGAUCCUCUGCUUCUUGGCCACUGCAGCCUUGACUGAAUGCUCUGCCUUCGUCCCGCAUUCAUUGAGUACACGGAACAAUUCAGUGCAUCAUACUUUUGUUCUUCUCGGGGCUUCGGGUGACCUCGCAAGGCGUGAAAUCUAUCCAGCUCUUUGGUACCUCUAUCGCGAUGGACAUUUGCUACGAAAGACAGAAAUAUUCGGUUACGCCCGGAGCGCCCUAACGAUCGCUGAUAUCAGAGACAGAGUCGCGCCCUUCAUCCAGGUGAGGCCCCAGGAAGAAAAGCUCUACAACGAGUUCUGGUCGCUAAACCGGUACAUCAACGGCAGCAGAGAUGCCGAUACCGAUUACGACAGGAUUGACAGGAUCGUCAGCGAAUCCGAAGAAAAUGAAACCGAGGCUAACCGGAUAUUCUAUUUGGCGCUGCCGCCUGCAACCUUCCCCAGCACCGCGUCCCAGAUCAAGAGAGCUUGCAUGGCCAAAAAAGGCUCUACCAAAGUCGUGGUGGAGAAACCUUUCGGUCGCGAUUCCGAAAGCUCCGAAGAACUCUCGGAACAUCUCAAAGCACUCUUCACCGAGGACCAGAUUUACCGCAUGGAUCACUUCCUCGGCUACGAGAUGGUGCAGAACCUCCUCAGUCUCAGAUUCGCCAAUCGGAUGUUCAGUCCGUCUUGGAACAAGGAUAAUAUCGCCGCGAUCGAGGUCGACUUCAAAGAAAACUUCGGUAUCGAGGGUCGUGGUGGAUACUUCGAUAGCAACGGAAUGAUCAGAGAUGUUAUGCAGAACCACCUGCUGCAGAUCGUGUCACUCGUUGCUAUGGAGAAACCGGUAUCCGUUGAUCCCGAUGAUAUCAGAGAUGCCAAGGUGGAACUCUUGAAGAAAACAAGGCCGAUUGUCCUAGACGAUGUCGUGAUCGGUCAGUACGUAGCAAAUCCCGAAUCGGCGGAUCCCCGCGAGAGGAUCGGCUACAGAGAUGACCCGACCGUAAAGAACGACUCGAUCACCGCGACGUUCGCCUUGACCGUCCUGAAAAUCGACAACGAGCGCUGGACUGGUGUCCCCUUCAUCAUUCGCGCUGGCAAAGGACUGAAUAUAAACCGAACCGAUGUGAUCAUCCAGUACAAAAACGUUGACCACGAUCUCUUCGACGGCCAGAGUCAGAGGAACGAGUUGGUCAUUCGUCGCGUGGGAAAGACCGAAGCUUUGCAGGCCAAGCUCACCUCUAAAACUCCAGGUAUCACGAGCGAUCUCGAGAGAAUCACGAUUGAUUUUGACUACACUAAGGCGUAUCCCGAUCUGCAAAAUCCAGGAGCUUACGAGCGUCUGCUUCUCGACGUUUUCCGCGGCACCCAGUUAAACUUUGUGCGCUCCGAUGAGCUCAGCGAAGCUUGGCGAAUUUUCACGCCUGCGCUUCACGAAAUUGAAAACAGGAAGAUCCGGCCUAUCGAGUAUAAAUUUGGCACGACUGGUCCUGUAGAAGCCGAUGAAAUGGAGAAAAAAAACGAUUUUUUGUAAUCGAUUGUAACUCUUGCGAUAAGGUUCAACUUGAUACAUGAAACCUUUUAUUUAGCAAGUGAAUUACUUCUCAAAUAAAAAAUGUAACUGAUUUAGAAAAAGUUAAAAAAAAUUGUAAAAGCUAUAUACAGUGUGCAAUUUUGCAUUUAUGAAUUUUUUUAUUUUAUUGCAGCUGGAAAUAUUUUAUUACUCGUUAUGUUAGUCUAUUGCAUUUUGUGAUGAAUCCAUCUUUAUAUAACGUAAACAUUGUACAUAUUAUAACAAUAAAUUUUCGUGUCGAAG